CAUUGACCAACAUAAAGCUCUUAGCUUUUACCACACUUGGUAUCCAAACCAUCGAUAUUUGGAUCGACCCGCCCACCCCCUCAGUCAGUGGAACCUGUUCUCGGAUUCGAGUUGCGACACCGGUCAGGAGAGUCGUUGUACCGAGGAUGCGAUGCUGGGGAGCGACUACUUUUCCUCCAAAGCACGGCGUGCUACGCCCGAACAACGGGAGAGAAACAGCCGUUAGCCGCCGCCAUCGACAUCCUUUGCGCUUCACAUGCGGGAGUAGAUAGGAAGCGUUUGUCUAUUGUUGCAACAACAUUUCUUCCAACCACCAGACGUGAAAGGCCUUCGCUUGGACGAACUAACGAGGACGGUGAUUCUUGUUUUCCUCGCCGUGUGACCAUGCGAGGAAUUCGGCUCUUCGUAGAGGAAUGUUUGGCUCGCUGGAGUUAGCUCGAUGGCCAACAGUAACACCAUGCUAGUGGCUUCUGCCGUGGUGGUGUGGGAAUGGCUGAACGAACACGGUCGGUGGCGGCCCUACAGCUCCGUCGUCUCCCAUCAAAUCGAGGCGGCCAUUCGGAGUGGAGACGCCCGCGGGGGGAGCGUCAUCCUCGGCCAGGUGGAGAGUCGACUCUCGCCGUACAUCAUUGACCUCCAGUCUAUGCAUCAGUUCCGACAAGACACAGGAACUAUCCGUCCGGUGAGGAGGAGUUUUUAUGACCCGGCCUCAGCCCCAGGACAGGGCUGGCAGUGGGAGUGGGAAAAUGAUGCAGGUUCUUGGACGCCCUAUGAUGUAGAGGUGGCGAUCGCCAUCGAGAAUGCUCACAGCCGCCAGCAACCGUGCCUCGACCUGACACCUCUUGGCUUUUGCUACCUCAUUGAUUUGCAGAACAUGACGCAGGUCAAUAGACAGAGCCAGAGGUGUAGAAGGAUACAGCGGCGUGUUGACAUGGCCUACCCGCUAGUAUCUGGACCACUUCCAUUGCCAAAAGGAGGAGGACGCGUAGGCGGGCUAACAGGUGCCCUGCUAGGUGUUGGAGUAUCAGGGGUCAGCAUGGGAACUGUUGGCUCGGUUUACCCGAAUGGGGGCAUUAUGACAACUGGACUGGGUCAGCCUUGUUCUUGCCAGCAAUGCAUGCUCGUCUUCAGCGUCAAGACAAACACAGCUGGAGCAGGAAUACAAACUCUAGGUAGACGCUCACUCACCAUGCAGCGGCCCAAGAACUCAGCAUCCACCACCUUGAAACCCCUGAAUCCAUCUCAAUCAGCCACACUUGGGAGAGGACAGCACCAGAAGUCCAACUCCUAUCAGACCCUGCCAAAUGGCCUUGCCAUCACUAAAAACACUACGUCUCCAAGACGCAAUUCCCAGUUGUUUGCCCAGUCACUAGCUGCCCUCACAGCAGGGACCUCCGCUCUGGGUAUCUCCUCCUCAUCUUCCAAUAGGCCGCCGCCUCCGUCUCUCCCACCCCCUCAGCCGCCAUCUUCGAACAUGACUGUGAACCCUUCGACCAUUCCAGCCAAGCAUUCCUCAUCUUCAGCCAAUGAAUCAGUGCCAACUGCCACAUUAAUUACCCCAGCCAGCACUGUGACCACACCCCCGUCCCCUGUGCCAUCUCCAUCGCCAGUGGUGAUGAAGCCCCAACGGGCACCAUCCUCAGCUAAAGUGUGCCAUGCCCCGUUACCGCAGAGAUCAAGCUUAGCUGGGCUGAGUAGACCAGCGUUACAGAGGAUCGCCAUGGCCCAGUCAAGAGCACUAAUAGCAUCAGGUGUUCCCACCGUGCCCGUGAAGAACCUCAAUGGAUCGAGUCCUGUUCACCCUGCGUUGGCUGGCAUCACAGGCAUUCUGAUGAGUGCUGCUGCUCUGCCCGUGUGUCUUACCAGGCCUCCGAAACUGGUACUCCACCCUCCACCUGUCAGCAAGAGUGACAUCAAACCAGUGCCGGGCUUAGGCCACUGCUGCAGGAAGACCACCAAGAAGCAGGCUCGCAAGGGUAAAACUCCAGAGGAGGUGGUAAAGAAGUACCUGCAAAAAGUAAAGAGCCCACCAGAUGAGGAUUGUACCAUAUGUAUGGAACCUUUAGGGGGUCCAUCUGGAUACAAAGGUCCAGGUGUGGGACCUGUUUCCAGGGCUGAGUCUGUUGGGCGUCUAGCACAGUGUGGACACCAGUACCAUUUCCAGUGUCUGGUGGCCAUGUAUAAUAAUGGCAACAAGGACGGCAGCCUUCAGUGUCCCACUUGUAAAACCAUCUAUGGCGUAAAGACUGGUAGCCAACCAGCUGGGAAGAUGGAGUACCACAUCAUCCCUCACUCACUACCGGGCCACCCAGACUGUAAAACCAUACGCAUCAUCUAUAACAUCCCGCCAGGCAUUCAGGGACCAGAGCAUCCCAAUCCAGGGAAGCCCUUCACUGCCAGAGGCUUCCCAAGACACUGCUACCUCCCAGACAGUGAGAAGGGACGCAAGGUACUGAGGCUGCUCCUGGUAGCUUGGGACCGCAGGUUGAUCUUUUCAGUUGGGACUUCAAGCACGACAGGAGAGUCUGACACAGUCAUAUGGAACGAGGUUCACCACAAGACAGAGUUUGGCUCCAACCUGACAGGUCAUGGCUUCCCCGACCCUGGACACCUAGACAAUGUUCUGGACGAGCUCCGUGCUCAGGGCAUCACAGAAGAUGACGGCUUGACAGAAAAGUGAGGAAACAAGGAAGAAAAGAAAGGUGUGAGGGCAAGAUAGUAAUGAUAGAGAGUAGAGGGUAAAAAAGACCAUCUUCCAGAAUUGAAGGAAUGCUGGAGAACAUUUGGAGCAUUUUCUUUUAGAUUUUUUUGUCCCGCCCAAAUGAACCACUUUUUAAAAUAUUAUUUUAGUUGCUGGUGGUUUGCCUGCCAUUCCAAUACUGUAUAGUUUUUUAGAAGUGAAAUGCUCAUUGAAGGAAUGAGCAGCAGUCAGGAGGCAGCACUAAAAAAACAGCAUGAAGGAGGAGGAUACAUACCUUUUUGGCUACUCCGCAACCAGGUACUAACUCUACAUAUAACCAGAUGGUACUAAUCAUGACAACAAGUUUACGGUGUGAAAGUAGAAGAUUGUAAAUGUCUGAGCUGUAAAAAAAUUGGGAGAGGAAGGACCAAGAGAGCGAUUGUUGAG